AGCUGUCAUACAGACGCUAGCAACAGCAGAAUCUUUUGACUAUCCAAUGUGCUAAGAGCUAGCAGUUUAAAGGAGCUUCAAAUUUCCCUUUAACACUAAUUUUAACUCUUCAUUCAUUUGUGUUCUUGAGUAGAGUGUGCGUCGCUUCAAUUCUGAUAAGUCAUGGCAGCGGAUUGGUUGGGUAGUUUGGUGUCAAUUAACUGUGGGCCAACACUGGGAGUCUAUCAAGGAGAGGUGGUGUCUGUGGACCAGUCCAGCCAAACCAUCUCCUUAAGGCAACCUUUCCAUAAUGGAGUCAAGUGCCCUGUCCCCGAGGUCACAUUCAGCGCCAUUGACAUAAAAGAACUAAAGAUUUUAGAUAUCAUAAUGGGCAAUGCUAGGAACAGCUCUUCUGCAUCCACAAAGGUAGGCAGCGGUCCAGUUGGAGUCCCAAAGGUCGACCCCAGGUCUGUGGAGAAAGUCAACUCUCCUCAGCACUGCUCCAAAAGCUAUGGAGAACGUCACCUGGACAUACCUGGCCAGCCAAAAGGAUUUCGUCGAAGACACAACUCCUGGUCAUCUAGUAGUCGAGGGGCAAACCAAGCGACACCGAAAAAGAACGGUGUGAAGAACGGUCAGGUGAAGCUAAGAGACGAUGAGUGUUUUGGGGAUGGCAUGGACGACGGGCUGGAGACAGACUUUGAUUUUGAAGGAAACUUGGCUCUGUUUGACAAAGCAGCAGUUUUCUCAGAAAUCGACAUAUCAGAGCGCCGCAAUGGUGCAAGGUCACGUGGGACGCCUCAAGAGCAGACGCCCACUCGGUACCGUCACGAUGAAAACAUCCUGGAAGCCAAACCUAUUGUGUACAGACAGAUUACUGUACCUCAGCCUGGGACCAAAGAGUACUGCACUGACUCUGGGCUUGUUGUACCCAGUAUAUCCUAUGAACUACACCAGCGUCUGUUGUCAGUGGCUGAGCGUCAUGGUCUCUCACUGGAGCGCAGAAUUGAGAUGACUGGAGUGUGUGCAAGUCAGAUGGGACUUACAUUGCUGGGUGGGCCCAACAGAUUCACUCCAAAAAAUUUACACCAGCGUCCGACAGUGGCUCUGCUGUGUGGCCCUCAUGUUCAGGGAGCUCAGGGCAUCAGCUGUGGUCGUCACCUGGCCAAUCAUGAAGUGGAUGUCAUCUUAUUUCUGCCCAAUUUUGUCAAGAUGCUCGACUCAGUCACCAGUGAGGUCACCCUCUUCAACAAGACUGGUGGCAAACAGGUGUCAAGUGUCAAAGACCUUCCAGACAGCCCAGUGGACUUAAUCAUAAACUGCCUGGACUGCCACGAGAACACAUUCCUGAUGGACCAGCCUUGGUACCGAGCCGCUGCAGACUGGGCUAACCAGAACCGAGCGCCAGUGCUCAGCUUAGACCCUCCUGGUAGUGGACAGGGGCAGGCAGUCGAGGCCAAGUGGUCCCUCUCUCUUUGCCUCCCCCUUCCCCUGGCUGAGGGGGCUGGCAGGGUAUACCUGUGUGACAUAGGUAUUCCUCGCCAGGUGUUCCAGGAAGUGGGAAUUAAGUACAUUUCUCCUUUUGGCUGCAAAUUUGUCAUCCCUCUGCACUCUGCAUAAUGCCACUAAUGGUCAACAUGACAGAUUGAAUCUUUCACCCUCCAUGACCAUUUGGGUUUGGUGCCUUAUAUUCCAGAGUUCAUCCAUUAAGUUUCUAACUCAUCAGCACGUGAAAGGGACCACUGUUUGGUACAUUAGUUCUACAAGAACUAAGUGCAUAUAGCCGGGAUAGAAAAGAGCUUUAUUCAAAAAUUAAAUGUGUUGGUCAUCAGAGGCUUCAGCCAUUAUGUAGAUACCAUUGUAUUUACAUGAUGCCACAUAGUUUUCAGUAGUUUUAGACAAUCUUUGACUUAAAAUGGAAACAUUUGUGAAUGUCACUGUAAUCUAACCUCAUUCCAAAUCUGGGGAAUAAACACAGAUCCACCAUAUAGUACAUGCAGAUGUGAUGUUAUUACAUUAGUUUGGAUGAGACAACAUGACUACAAUCUUACAUUGCUGUUACUAUUGCUAAUGGCUGGCCUUAUAGGCUGCCAUACUCUGCAGAACUCCGUUACUGUUGUAAGAUGUUUUAAUAGGAUAGAAAAUCCAUUUAAGCAAAUGUGGAAUAUUUGUCAUUUAUGUGAGUAAUUUUUGUAUUUUCAAACUAAACCAGUGUUGGUUGAAUGGAGCAGCUACUGGAGAGAAUCCAGGUAUCGGCAGUUUUGUUUGUUCAUGCUAAAUUAGGCUGUCAUGAUAAGGGCUUUGAUAAGAUGACACUGCAUGCAACACCUCUUUGAAUCUUGUCUUUUAGGCAAAAAGGUUUGCCAACUAGAUUUUGUUACAAUAGAGAGCCGAAGUCAUGACGUUCUACUAGCUUCUGUCACUCAAUCUCCAUUUCUUUCAUCUGUCACGUAAAGACAAUCAAGACAAUUGGGCAUCCACUACAGCAGUUGUUCUUAGAAAUUGAAACCUUUUGUUACGUUAACAAAGUUAAACAACAAUUACUUUGCGUGCAUAGAAAAAACUACAAGAGUGGGAACUUCUGUUAUCGUAUCUUGGUUUCGUCCAUAUCCAUAAAACGUAUAGGUCUUACAGGUGUGGCUUAAAGGCCUCUAAAAUCCUAAAUAUUGAAUAAACUGAUAUUGAAGCAAGCCACACGGCAUACAGAUGACAAAGACUGUUCCAAAGCUAGAGUGUUUAGUUAUUUGAGAAGCAACAAAUGUAUCAAGAUCUUGAUGUUUGCUUGAGAACAGAACCCGGAAGUUGCAGUUUCACUUUGGCUCUCUAUUGUAAAAGGACCAUAUCAUAUAUUAACCGAUGUUAAAGACCAUAUCGUUUAACCGAUGUUAAAGGACCAUAUCGGAAUGUUUACAAGUUUGACUUCCUUAACUGCAAAUCAUGAAUAUUUAACGUGUUCUGAUCUUUUUCAGAUGCAGACUACAGUUACGUUUAAAAUAUAUAUAUUUUCCUAUUGGUUUCCAAGUAUUACUAAAAGAAAAAUCUAUUAUCAGACUCUUGGAGCUCUGUUAUGUUGCGAAUCCAUCACAGCAAACAUAAUGUCUGUAGUAGUUAAAUGAUUGUUGUGUGGUAAUGUAGUUGAUUUCAAAAAGUCUACUCUGCAUUACACUGACAAACAUUAAUACAUUCUUGACAUUACCUGUGAUGGACUAAAGUUUCAAGAAUGUCCUAGUAGAUUUUCUUGUUGUAUAGAAGCCAAUGGAUGCCUGGAAGACAACAUGCAUAUACAUUUAUAACACACAAUAGCAUGGUUUGCAGAUGGUUAGUUGAGAUGUAAAGUGGAAAUGAUUUGUGUUAAAUGGUGGUAUGGUCCUUUAAGUUUCAAACUACCUUGCAGCUAAGAAUGUCAACUGUUUUUUUUUGGGGUUUUUUCUAUCAAAGUUUUGUUGGUUGACAACAAGUAGCGUUUUCUAAAGUACAAAUGCUCUUUAUAUUUGGGAUUCAAAUGCAUUACUGGGUGAAUCAUCUUGAUCUAAACUCUCAAACAAGAUGCAACAUCAUGCACUGAGUGCCCUCUUUGAAACAAUUGGAUUCGGUUUUUGUGAUGAGAAGUUGUUGAACAUUCUUUUCAUGAAUCCCCCCCCCCCCCCUCCUGAUGUUGUGGAGUAUGCCUGUUUGUGUACUCAACCAUUAGUGGUAUUUACAAUGAAGCUAAAGCAUAGACUGUGAAAUAUAAUUAAAGAAGAGCUGCUUGUUUUGUGCUGCUUUUUGAGGCCUUGACUGAGGGGUCGUAGGUAUUUCUACUGCCAAAUAUUUUUGACAAUGAAAGUCAAACCCUUUUGCUUAUUCUUUUACAAGACCACAUUCUUUUUUAAAUGUGUCCAGAACAGAGGGAAUUACAUGGACAUGCACAUUGUAUUUAACAUGUCCUUAAAUCUUCUAUCAGUGAGGUCCAGUGUAGUCUAGAAAAGGCUGGAUUGACGCUGUUGCAGAAGUUACAAAUUAUGUCAUCUGGGAUAUGGUUUAUGGUGUGGUAUUGUGUCCACACAUUAACUUGUUAACAUCUCAGGAGGAUUACAAAAUACUUACAUUAUAUUUGUUGUUUUUUCUCUGUGCGCAUUAUCCUGCACAGGGUUCAUACACUGAUUCAGUGAAAAUGACUUUUCAUGCACAAAGGGUUUGUCCUUUCUCCAACAUUCCUCCGGCCUGAUGUGUUAUGUCACAUCUGUUGAGACAAGUCUGGUUUGGAAACAUCAGCCAGUGUUACUGAAUGUGAUGAGGAUUAUUGUUCUCUUUGGCCGCCAGGGGGCCAUUAAACCACACUUUUGGUGGCUCUUCCUUAUUGUGUUGAAAUGGCAGCUUUAUGUACUAUUUCCUCAAACAAUAUUGGUAUUUCUCUACGAAAUGUGAACAGUCAGAAACCAUGAGGUGAUCUGGCUUUUACACGGAAAGCCACUGGGUUGUAAGUAAACGAAGGUUAUGCUUAUUGUUAUGUUUUGUAAUUAGUUUACAUGUUUCAAAUUCUCAGAUCUGCACUGGGUGUUUUAGGUCAUGCGAGAUUAGUUUGCAGUUCAGGAAAAAAAAACAACAACCCCGCAUUAAAUAGCCAGUGGGAGGUUUGGUCUAGACAGGACAACAGUUUCCUUUUGAGAGCGAGGUUCAUGUGCAACAAUGCUGUGCAGUCCUCUUGUGUCAUGUCUGCAGACUGAAACAAUAAAACACUUUCAACGUUG